UGCAAUCAUCAUCAGCUCAGCAACUGUCCAACCACACGCACUCACACGCACUGAUUCGAUGGUCUCCAAAAAUAAGGAACUUCCCUUUCAAUUAUCGCUUCUAUAACGGAAGUAAGGCCAUGGCAUUUGCCACCUAAGCUCGCGGCGACUUGAUUAAGCGCUAAAUAAUUUCCACCAACCAUAUCGAUGGCUUUUUAGGGUUCUAUUAUCCCGCUAAGUUAGGAGCUGGACGUAAGUCCUGCCUUUGACAAGAAUGAACGACUGUCUUCCUUCUCUUUUGGUUUAACUAGGGGAAACUAACCUUCAGGGCCGCCGCUGGCGCCUAGCGGAUGGCAAAAGCGUGGUCGGGAUAUAAGAGGACAAGGGAAAGCACCGGAUCCAUGCCCACUGUGCUAUCUUGUUUCGUAUCAGCCGCUCCGAUUCCACCACUUGAAUACCUCGUUGAAGCAAUGCCAAAGCAAAAUAAGUCGGUUUUGCAGAAACAGUACAGGAGCAAGGAGCUCGAUGGAUUUUCCUUGGUGCGGAAGGAGAUUCGUCAUGCUACUGGAGGAGCAAUUGACCCGAAGACGAGACAAGAUGUUCUACGAAAAGCUGCACGGCUGAUUAAGGAGCUUUCUACGUCGAACACGAAGUUGCAACACCAACUUUAUAAUUCCCGUCACACCGGCUCUGAAAUGCCACCAAGUUAUGCGGGAGGGGUCCCGACAACAAUCAGUAGUCCUUGUACGCAGGGCCCAUAUUCCCCGCCACUCUAUGAAUAUUUCAUCGAGCAACCAAACGGCUCCUGUGAGCUCGCAGGCAUACCGCCAACUGAAUCGUAUUCAUGCCAUGUCACCAGUGGUACAGGCUAUGAACUAUACGAUGCCAACAUGUUAUCGGGGAACAUGGGUACCACUCCUGCGUAUGAUCAGAUCAUCAGCCAGGAAUAUAGUUUACAUCGACUUGUACCCGCGAUAGUUAGUUAUUAUCUGUUGGGGGUCGACUUACAGAGUGAAUCACAUGUAGAUUCUCCGACUCCGGGCAGGUUGUGUAUCAUAAGCCUUAGUUCGACGCCACCAACACCACUCACAAGUUUGUGAUCUCCAAGGACGGACUAAGCGGGAAGUGUGUCUCUCGG